CUGCACUCUCUCUCUUUCUCUCUCUCUGUUCAUGUUCUAUAUAUCUCCUCUCCUCUCCUCUCCUCUCUGACACACACACGAGAUAUUCGAGGAAAUAUUUGAUUGAUUAAUGGCGAAGAAAAGCUACAUAAGGAUGAAAACGGAACAAAAAGCGAGCGAGUUGAUCAGCGCUGAUCUUACUCAGCUUCGAUACGCCGCCAGAAAGCUCGCUACCGAUGCUAUCAACCUUGGCAGCUUGGGCCUCGGUACCUCUUUGCUCGAAUGGGUUGCUUCUUUUGCUGCAAUUUACUUGUUGAUUCUGGAUCGAACAAAUUGGAAAACCAACAUUCUUACAGCUCUACUUAUCCCAUACAUCUUCUUGAGCCUUCCUUCACUGCUGUUCAGCAUCUUCAGGGGGGAGAUUGGGAGAUGGAUUGCUUUUGUUGCUGUUGUGUUGCGCCUUUUCUUCCCCCGCCAUUUCCCAGAUUGGCUAGAACUUCCAGGAGCGUUGAUUCUUUUGAUGGUCGUGGCUCCUAGCUUGAUUGCAGAUACCUUAAGGGACAGCUGGGUUGGGGUGGUGAUAUGUCUUGCAAUAGCAUGUUAUUUGCUGCAAGAACACAUCCGGGCAUCUGGUGGAUUCAGAAAUUCUUUCACAAGAGCCAAUGGCUUAUCAAACUCGAUUGGUAUAAUCCUUCUGUUGGUCUAUCCCGUCUGGGCACUUGUACUUGAUAUCCUAUAGCCUCACUGUUAGCAGCUUCGAGGUGUGUGUUUUUAGUGAACCCUCAUCUUCAUAAAUCUGAAUGGAAAAAUUGUGUUUCAUUCUGUUGAAUUUAUAAAAGAAUCGCUAUAAAUUUCUGUUCUUUUACUUCUUUUAGGUGCACUUAUGGUGGCAUGUGAUUUUCAGGCAUACAAGUGUUUCAAUGGUAAUUUUGUGUCAGUAUUUUUGUAACAUUGUAACGUGGACAUGUCACAUUUUGCAUCAUUUUAUCGGAUA